AUGACCACGAUGCUGGUACAUCUUGUGUCGGCUCUUCUGCUCUGCUGCGCUACUGCAGAUCAGACGACAAUGCAAUAUACCUAUACUAGUUACGUCUAUCUAUGGGGUGAAACAAAGCAAACAUUUCGUGUUUCUGCAAGUGUAGAGGUGGACGAGAUAGGACCUGCGAGGGGCCCAUACGAAGGAACCGAGGCUGUUCUUUAUCUAGUUCAUUUGUACCACAUUAACAUCGAGGCAAUUAAGGAUGGUAAAGUAGUCAAAAAUAAACCCGAUGUGAAGAAACCACAACUCGAUGAAUUAUAUGGGAAACCAUUCCGUUUCAUUCAAAAGAAGAAUUUAGAGAUUGCCGAAGUACAAUUUCAGAGGUCGGACAUUGAAAACACAGAAGCUGUUAAUUUCAAAAAGGGUGUGCUGAGUGCAUUCCAAGCACACAAUGAUGAUCAAGAUGAAGAAGAUGUGGAGGAGACAGACGUACUUGGUAGACACACAACUCAUUAUAGGGUUACACAUUUUAACCACACUAAGCAGAUCAAGAAAUCAUACAAGACCGAUGACAUCAAGACGUUCGGCAAUAAUGACGUAAACAAAGAUGGCGUUGACGUCGAUGUCGAGGAAGAAACGACAGUUGAUGAAACAAAUAGAAUAACCGAGACAAAGGGCGUCAUGAAGAUAAGAAUAAAAAGAAAUAUAGCGAGGGAAAAACGAUACGCCGACGAAAAUAGUCCUCACACCAUAUAUGUAAUGGCAAAAGAUGUGGACAUAGCCGAUAACUUUGACUCAGAUAACACUUAUGAUAUGAAGUUUAAUAAUGAAACAAGACGUUCAUCAAGUCGUAAAAGGCGCAUGGCUGAACUUGAUACAAGCAAAGGAGAGGAUUCCUUUAUCACAACUUCCCUAAUUGGGGAUUUCAGUCCAGAAAACGCCAAGAUGCACAGAUACAAUAAACUUUUGGAACUUGUAGAAGAAGAAGGAUUGACGAAGAUUCUUAAACGAUUUUAUGAUACACCGACAGAUGGAGAUAUAUUACGGCAUCUAAGAGAGGCUUUAAAUCUUGAGAACCUGUUACACUCGAAGCCUGCGUCUUCGAAAGACCAUGGCAACACCAAACCUAAGAAUCUGGAAGGUGCAACGCAUGUCAACUUGAUCGAUAAAGUCGUCAAGGAAACGAAAACGAAAUUGAGCGACUGCCUCUCUCACUGGGAUUUGUGUAAAGGUAUUGUCAAUCUGUACAUUGUGGGUGGUCAAGCUGCGGGCGAAAAGAUGAUCAAAGUAAUGUUGGCAAUGGACAUCUCUGACACAAACCUCAAUGAAUUCCUGUCACUGUUAACCCCAAUGAAGAAUCCCAGUGACGCAUUAGUGAACGCUGUCAGAAAGAAGUACCAAGAUGAAAGUUCAGAAGUGAAAACAACCUUAAUGUUCACACUGACUGCAUUAGCCGGAGAAAGAUCUGUUAGUGAAGAAUUGCGAGCAGCGAUAACUAAAUCAAUGCUUGAAAAAUUAUCAACUAUCAACAAGGACAACUGUCAAGCUGAUGAUAGCAUGUUUGAUGUGUUAGAAGCCACUGGAAACCUCGCAGAUCCGGCGAUAAUAGAUCGUAUGAUACAAAUAGGAAAAGAUUGCAUGAAUAAACCCGCGUUGGUUAUGGGAACAGUCCACGCCUUGGCAGAAAUUUGCUCAGAUCAACGUGUCGUUGAAUACUACACGUUCUUGAUUGAAAAUGCCGUGUGUGACGUUAAACUAACAGUUAUUGGAAGCAUGCGGGAUAAAAUAAGUAGCGACAUCGUCGAAGGCCGGCAUGGGUCAUGGCCAAGAGAAGAAUACAACAGUCUUGACUUGAGACUGAAAGACAUAUACAACGAAAACAGCGGAGAUUUCCAUUGUAUACAUGAUGAAAUUUUCAACUAUUUUAGUGAUAAACCCGAUAACAGAGGUGAAGGAUUUUUAACAUCUGGUGGUAGAUCGAAACGUGGUUUAUCCCACUAUUCUUGUUCAGCGUGGGGACCUUACGGCUCUCGAUAUACGAGUAUACAAUCUUCAUCCUCCUUUUCAUCAGAUAAUUGGAAGUAUCCCGAUAACAGACACUGUUUAGCUCAUUUUAGACUCGGAGUCAGCAGUGCAAAUGCAAAUCUUUACGCAGGGGCGUUUGCUGGCAUCAACAGGAAGUAUUGUAACUGGAAGAUCUUUGCACGAGUGUACGCUAAUGCAAAUGUUCUCGGGAAGAGCUUUUAUAUCGCGUCAGCCCACUUUUAUCAGUACAAAUAUGGAACAUUGAUUAACUUGCGUGCUUACUUAAAGAUCGGAUAUAAGACUUAUGUUGAUUAUACAUCUCGAAUCAAGACAACAUUAUCGCAAACGUGGUCAAGAGAUUGGCAUUGGGAUAUAGACAUAUGGGGUAUUAAUAUAUACGUUGCUUCUUUAACUUUGAGGGUUACCAUAAAACCAAGAGUAGACUUCAAGGUGAAAAUCAACCCCUGCAAUUCGGGAUGUGCAGUUUGCGCAACUGUCACCCCCAAGGCCACUUUGCAAAUAUCUGGAGGUGCAGCUGUAUCCGUAUUGGGACUCAAGGGUGGACUGGACGUUAACGUUAGAUUAAACUAUCUGGUUGAUGGCGUUGGUAAGAUAGGUGUCUACUCAGGCGUCUGCGUUGGACUUUACCACGGACAUGACCCAAUGACUGUCUUCUUUUCUGCAUGGUAUCAAUGGUGGUGGGGAGGCAGACAGACAUGGAGCCCGAAUACACUUUCUUGGCGCGUGGCGUCGGCGUCUAGGAAAACCAUUUACUGGAACUGCCUAGCAGGAUGGCCAUGGUAUAGACGUCCUGUCUUCACGAUUGCAUCUCGUGACCAGAUACAAAUCACGUAA